AUGGCAUCUGUCAAGGAUUUGAAAUCAUCUAUUUUAGACUCAGUUGGCCUUCAACCUGAGAAGCACAAUUCGACAGUUAACAACGGUGAAUAUGAAAGGACGAAGGCCUAUAAUCAAUACGAUUUGCAUCAUGAUCAGGCCCAUGAGCAAAUUUUUGGCGCUUUGAAGAAUCACAUCGAGAGCGUCAAUAAGGAUACAUGUGAUGCUGGAGAUGAAAACUCAUUUUUCGUAUGCGAUCUUGGAGAAAUCCACCGGUUGUACCGUUAUUGGUGUGAAAAAUUGCCUAGAGUAACACCUUUUUAUGCAGUAAAGUCCAAUCCUAAUCCUCAAGUCUUAAAAACGUUAUGUGAGUUGAAUGCCAACUUCGAUUGUGCAUCUAAAUCCGAAAUUGAGAAAGUUUUAAGGUUGGGAGCUGAACCAUCAAGAAUAAUUUACGCAAACCCAUGUAAAGCUUCAUCAUUCAUUCGUUUUGCUAAACAAAAGAAUGUGAGAAAAUCAACAUUUGACAAUGUUGAAGAGUUGCACAAAAUCAAGAGGUUUCAUCCUGAGUCUGAAUUACUCCUAAGAAUUGCUACUGAUGACUCAACUGCUCAGUGUCGUUUAUCGACUAAAUAUGGUUGCUCGAUGGAGGAAGUCGGGACUUUACUUGCAAAGGUUGAAGAAUUGGGAUUAAACCUGGUUGGCGUAUCUUUUCAUGUGGGAUCUGGUGCUUCUGACUUUGGCUCUUUUGAAAAAGCAAUUAGAGAUGCUCGCAUAGUUUUUGACAUGGCCACCAAGAAGUUCGGGAUGGAAGAGCUUCACAUUCUUGACAUUGGUGGUGGUUUUCAAUUAGAGUCUUUCGAAGAAUCUUCUCGUGUCAUUAAUGCUGCGCUUGAACAAUACUUCCCAGUGUCAUCUGAAGUUGAAGUUAUCGCAGAACCUGGGAGAUAUUUUGCGGCGACCGCCUUUACCCUCGCCUGCCACGUAAUUGCCAAAAAUUCUCAUGGAAAAGGAGAUUCGAUGCUUUACAUCAAUGAUGGUGUCUAUGGAAAUAUGAACUGCAUUUUGUUUGACCAUCAAACCCCCAUUCCUAGAGUCUUAUUCCAUAACUCCACUUUUCACUACAUGGACCUGGAAACUUCUUCACCGAUCUUAACUCAGAACUGUCCAAACAGAGUCUCUAUUUGGGGUCCUACUUGUGAUGGCCUUGACUGCAUCACAGAUAAGUACUAUAUGAAAUAUGACUUGGUGGUUGGAGAUUGGCUCUACUUUCCCAAUCUAGGGGCCUACACAUCUUCUGCUGCGACACCUUUCAACGGAUUUGAACAGGCAGUUGAUAUUAUUUACAUCAAUUCUGAAAACCUGUGA